AUGAAAUGGCGCCAGGAGUCGGGUCCAGCUUACCACAAGAAGCCACAAAAAAAUGAACGGCUCGAAAAGGUCAGAAGCUUGCUUAAGCCUGCCUCAAUGAUGACUGCCGCAUUGGAAAUUCGAGGAGCUGCGGAACUGAUGGGGAGACUGCGGGAAAAUCUGGAGGAAGCGGAAAGGCUGCUCCAUGAAGGGGGGACGCCAGAGGAGAUGGACGCGCCGCUUGACGCUGCGGUGGCAUGCGUACAAACGCUUCAUCUAGAAAUAAUACAGCAUGCUUAUGCCAUUGCCCAGGACAGCCAAGUUAUUUCUCUCUAUCCACUCUUGGACGCUGAUCAUCCGAACCCUGUCGCAGAAAUAGAAUCUUUAGCGACAUUCCAGGAAAGCACAGUGGGCCCCUUCCUCCAGUCGUUGUUGGCAGUGUAUAGCCUUUCCGAAACUCUCUCUGCCCGCUCUAAAACGAUUCUUGGGGAGCUGAUGGAAUCCCAGCUGUUCGCACCGGGUGACGAAGGGGGGGGUUUGCACUCAACGACCACCAAGGUUAAUUCUUUGCUGUCCACAGUAGCAGCUCAGCAGUAUGUUGAACAGGUUGCAAAGGGUUUGGUGGCCGGCUCCCUUAGCGGUUUAAAGGUGACGAUGCUGGCAGAGAGAGAGACCAAACGUGCGCGGCUCGAGCUGGCCCUCGACGUGGUCCGUAUGCAUUUGAAGCAGAGUCAGAUGGCACUGCAGAAUACUUCAGACGAUUGGAAGGGAGGAGCAUCUGCGAAAAAGAAGCGAGCUAUUUUAAGAGGCAUUGACAAAGCGAUACAAGGCGUCUCCAGCAAGGUGUCCGAGCUGUCCGCUCGUACCAGAAAUUUGCGAGAAUCUCAAACCCUAAGGGAUAUUUUCGCUAUUUGCUGCGCGAGUGAAGAAGUCGAGGAUGAGGCAUCUGGAGAACUGGAAAAGUUAUUGGAAGUACUCACUGAAUUCGAACCAAGGGUGGAGAACCUAAACGAGGUGGGCAAGCAGGAUAUGGAGGAACUGGCGGACAAAUACCGCGAGUAUUUUGCUAGGAAGCAUCAAGUAACGCAGCGCGCCUACUACGGCGUCCAGGAGAGAGUUGAGAAUAUCAUUGAAAAGGGAAAAUUUCCUUCUGCAACCACAAUGCAAAGACAUCAUGGUAGCGUUGCCCAAAGUAUCCUCGAAAUAGUGAAUCAAACCGUGAAGAAGUCUGAAGAAGAAAUGACCUUCGCCGCAUCUGCACUACGCGAGUUAAAGUCGGUGGAUAAGUUGUCGACCGCUACAGUGGUGCUGGAAGGACUGAAGGUCAUGGCGAAUUCUUUAGUCCGCUUGAAGGAAGAGGCUCUUCUGCAGUUGCUGAGUCUGCAUUUAGUAAAUAUUCUACAGCACGACAUCGAGCACAUGGCUAUGCAGGAGGCCGCCUUAGCAUCAGACCCUGACUAUCCGCAUGUUGAACAGCAAAAGAUGCAUUUGCUACAGAGCAAGUUCAAAGCAGCAAAGGGCAAAGCUGAGUCAGCAGGGACGCUGCAGGAGAUGACUGCUGCAGCUAUAGCCAUGCGCACCUUCCACGCUCAAAUGGAAGGGUUAUUAUACGAACAGCGGCGGGAAAGGUGA